AUGGCUUUCCCAGCGAUCCAGCGCGACUCGAAAUCUCCAUUAUUGUCUCCCCGAAUGGCUAUAAAGAGCCCAUCGACCGAUACCGCCUCCUACAAUACACCUCCAGAAAACUCAAUUGCUGAUUGGUCCCAAUGGAUGCAAUGGGACGAGCUCGAAUCUGAUGAUAUAUCAGCUCAUGCGGAUCUUUUCAAUAUGCCUUCGAACAUCGAUGAAGAAUUAUCUAAUGAACCACCACUUCUAUCGGAUAUCUCUCCUGCCACUUCUGACUCUCUUGAUUCGACGUUUGGUCCUGAGUUAGCCAACGGGCAUCGGAAUAACUCUGUGCCAGAAAUACCUUCCCCUGCAGACCACGCAAAUAGGAACACAUCAGAAAGGAAGAGGACCCCUUCCUCCACUUCAUUAAUUCCUCUUUUACCAACAGACAGGAAACGGAAGGCGGAGGUAGCGGAUCCUCGUCGCUUCUCUGCGGAAGAUGAUAUGUUAUCCGGUUCAAAAGCUUUACAUUCGAAGAAACGAUCCCACAACGUAAUCGAAAAGCGAUACCGUGCCAACCUCAAUGACAAAAUUGCCGAAUUACGAGACAGUGUACCCUCUCUUCGAGCUCUAGCCAAGCAGAAAAAUGGAAUAUCCGGCCAGGGAAUGGGCGAUGAUGAUGAGAUUGUAUUGUCCUCUAACAAACUCAACAAGGCUUCUAUUUUAGCCAAAGCCACCGAAUAUAUUCGUCAUUUGGAACAACGGAACAAACGCUUGGAGGAGGAGAAUGUCGGCCUGAAAAAUCGCCUUCGACAAUUAGAUAAAGUUCAAGAACAAAAUUUAACAAACUUCACGAAUGCUUCCGGCUCCGGGUCAACGGCUGGUGCCUACACCUCUUCCCCUGACUCUAGACAUGGAUCCUCCCCAGACGUCUUCUCACAAGCCGAAGACAUUUUUCCUGAAAGUUCCCCCAACUCUUUCCAUCCGCCCGAAGGGCUUAUCAAAGUCCCUGAGUAUUUCAAACUCGGUGGCUUCGAAAACCAAUCAAAAUCAGAGUCCUCCAAAAAGGGGUUACUUGGUAUUCCUCUGCAGUUUCCUGGAGACAUAUCCCGCUUCGUUCAAAUGUAUUUCGGCGGCUUGACGGCGACGUCGUGGCAAAUUAGAGCUCUGUCUCAUUUCGUAUUAACUUCAGUGGUUGUGGUGGGAGCCGCUUGUGCUGUCUUUGCUUACCUAUUUAAUUCAGCCCCAAGGCGAGCAAAGCAUCCAACUAAGUCCCCCUCGGGGUCGAGAAGCACUGCCGGUGUCUCACCAAUUGAAUUCCGGCAAGAGGCGUGGCUCACAAGUAUCCAGACUGUCUGGGUACCGAGGCACACAUUCUUCCCUGAAUGGUUUGCAGUAACGUGGCGUUGCUUGGAGUAUGUCCUAAGUUGUCUUCUUGGAUCCAAGCUGUAUUCCUGGCUCACAGGAAUUACCGAGGACGAUGAAAAAGCAAGGGCUAAAGCAUGGGAUAUAGCCAUUGAUGCUCAACUAACCGGAGGUGACCCGGAAGUCAGCAAGAGCCGGAUGGUUCUAACUAUUUUCGCCUCCGGCACGUUGCCAAGAACUCCAGCACGGGUGAUGUUGAAAGCCCUCCAUUGCCGCAUUUUACUUUGGAGGGUGGGUUCUCCGGGCUCGUGGGCUUUUAGACUCUCAAACCACAUUGGCUCCCUCCUGGCCAGAUAUCAAUGGGAUAUAGCAAGAAAUCUAUUAAAGAAUCUACCCAAGGACCACGAAGAUGCACUUCCAGAACAUCUUGUCACUCUUCUCGAAGCGGAUUUGGAUGAUGUUAUGACCGAUGCAAUAACGCAACGUGCAUCCAACAUGGCAUGGAACAGAUCUACCCAAGAAGCUACUUAUGGUGAAGACGCUAUGUUAGAUAUUGUCGUUGAAGACACUGCAGUACGCUCGCCGCUCGAUGCUCUUGCGGCGUGGUGGUCCAGUAGAGCUCUUCAGAAUGCAUUGAUCCAUUGUCUUGAUUUUGAUGCCUUCCCACCCGAGCAGAAACUCAGAGAAGUCUUCGAACUCAACCUCAAUCUAGCGUCAAAUGUGGCACCGCUCGCCUCAGCUGCUUAUACACGAGCGGCUGUAAUCAAAGCCGUUUUCUUUGGUGAAGACAGAGUGACAAAUAUUAACACUGUCCUUGCUGCCCUUCCGCGACCCAAAAGCCAGCCAGCCAUCAGCAGUACAAAUUUCCUUGAUUCAUCAGUCCCACCGUCAGCGCGGGCGGAAAUAUCUAUUGCUGUUCGGUGGGUGGAGAUCCAUCCACGCCCCAACUCACGAUUCGCAACGCAAUUGAACUAUUCAAUGUUCUUCCGAUCGAUCCCGUUGAGCUUACGCUCCUGGGGUUCGCCUCCCUCUACCACCUUUUACAUGUCGUAG